CAGUACGUACGGCUCUCCUUCCCCCGUCCUCCACAACUUUUGUCGUCGUCGCUCGAGACAGCGAGUCGACGCACUUACUUACUAGGCAGCGAAGAUGCGUGCCUUGCUGCGCCCUCUUGCCUCCGCCGCAGCACGCAACCCCAUUGAAGCCAUUGUCCUCGGAUUCAUUGCAGCCACUCUUGCUUAUUUCCACGUCCUUGCUGCUAUUCGAGAAUCCACUUUUCUUUCCCCGGCUAUUCCAACUUCGCUAAGGCCUGCACAUGCGUUAUUCCGCGAUGCACAAUGGUCAGCAGUCCCCGAGAACGUUUGGUCUGCAGAUGGCAAUGAAGAACGUUUGGAGCUGCAACAGGUUGUCUUCGGACUCGACGUGAACGUUAGAAGGCGGAAGUCAUAUGCAGAUGGAGAGCUCACGUUUGGUGACCUUAAGCUCAAGGAUGCGCUUCAGAAUGCUACUGCGCGUCUGUCGGAACACGCAGCGAUCCAUUUCCUCAGUACAGGCGAACGCUCCGCAACUCUCACGCUUGCCCUACCUUCAUCUUCUGCACGCGAAGCACUCGUUUCAUCGCUCAAGCGGGGACUGCCCCACGAUAAUGGAGCGAAAUUCACUUUGGAAACCACUCCUACCGCCCCCGAGCUCUUGCAGCAUGGCCGCUGGGCAGCGUACGCCCUCCGUGCGCUUGUCACACGGUUCUCUGAGCUCGCCCGGGCUGCAGACUCGCUCGACAUUUUACUCGUCUUAGCGGGUUACAUUCUUAUGCAUAUCACGUUCUUCCGACUCAUUAGUUCCGCUCGUGCACUUGGUUCGCAUUUCUGGCUGGCAACAGCGAUCUUUACAAGUAGCACGCUGGCCUUUGUGCUGGCCCUCCCCGUUGCUCUUCAUGCUGGUAUUCCCGUGGAUCCAGUGCUCCUUACCGAAGCACUGCCGUUCCUUGUCUGCACAGUUGGAUUCGAUAAGCCCCUCCGACUUGGCCGGGCUGUGUUUACCCACGAGCAUCUUUUCAAUCCAGUCCCCUCAUCAUCUGUUGUGCCUUCCGAUGGAACACUUACACCUACUGGCCGACCGCGUAACCAGCCUGCGCCACCUGUCAUGAAGCCUGCUCACCAGAUUUUGCUUGAGGCGCUUGACCGUGUCGGGAACGCGGUUCUCAGGGACUAUGCUCUGGAGAUUUUUGUUCUAGCGGUUGGAGCGAGCUCCAAAGUCGGAGGACUACGUGAGAUGUGUGGUUUCGCGGCUAUCAUCCUGGCCCUGGACUGCCUUAGCGGUGUGACAUUCUAUGUCGCAGUUAUGGGCGUCAUGAUUGAGGUCAAGCGGAUCAAGCAUAGGCGAGCAACUACAUCAGCUGCUUCCGUAGCUGCAAGCGCUGCUCCAUCUCGAUCGGGAUCACGUCUUGGUUCCCCAACACUCAAACCACUCAAGUCUCUACCUUCCUUGCCAAGCCUUGGAUCAAUGUCUAAGCUCGUUGGUCUGUCUGCCGCGCAGGAACCCGUGGCAAUGCCUGCCAUGCCAGCGCAGCGUCCACCAAGUGCACUUCGUAGACGGAGCUCGCUUCAGACUACGGAAGAGAAACGUGCUAGGGAGAAAGAAUUGAAAGAAAGGGAACUGAGGCAAGGCCAGCAAGACCCUGUCUCGAGACUGAAGCUGCUUACUAUUGUUUCGUUUGUCACGCUACAUGUGCUUAACCUGUGCACGACGCUCACUCCUGCAACAACUCUUGCGCGUAUUAAUACUGCUGGGGCGUUGAAUUUCGGAGAACCAGUACUUGGUAGAGCGAGGAAGGUGGAUAUCUCCGGUCCUCAAGUUGCAGGAGCUCUUGACCGUCUUGCGGCAGUCUGGCUUGCUCCCUCCACGUCUGCUUCAAUCGAGAAUUCGACCGGAGGCUGGGUCAACGCUCAUCCCGCCGAUCUCCUUGUGCAAAUUAGUCCACCACUCUAUGUUCAUGUCACCCCACGUUCGAAGUCUUCGGCUCAUUCUCAAGCCAACCCGUCUCCGAGCUUCUCUGCUGCACAAGCACAGAAGGAACGGGAUGCACAAGGCGGCCAGUGGGAAGCCUUCCUUUCUGCAUGGACCGGUCUUGUGGGCGACCCUGUCUUGUCGAAGUCCAUUUCCCUCUCACUCGUGCUGUCGCUUGCGCUGAAUGCAGUGCUGCUGCGUGGCAUUGCAACCGGUGAGGCUGGUCAAACACUGGCAGCUAGCUUGGCGAGUGUUGUUCCUGGGGUGCGAUUCAGCGCUGCGAACCUUGGUGUCGUGAAGGAGGACAAGGAUGCUGAAUCUGAAGAAGAAAGAACCAGUGGGGAUAGCGAUGAGUUUGAGCGAAGGAUGGAGCGUCCGCGUGAGCAGAAGAAGAAACCAGUGUUUGGCAUCGGUGGCAAUCUUCCACCAAUUAGAGCAGCAAUCGCGAAUGCUAGCGCAGGUGUCGCCAACACAAGGGCAUACAAUGGAGAGCGACCAAAGACACCUGUAGCAUCAGCCGCUGUGCCAGAACCUGCCCCGGUUUCGGAGACUCAGGUUCGGCCUGCAAUGACCGCAAUUCCCCCUCCCCGACUUGUCAGGCCACAUCCUAUUCGACCGGAAGCAAACAUGCUUGCUUUGGAUCUCGUUGAUCGUAAGCUUGAGCAGGUGUCCGGGAUUGUUUCGUCGCCGUCAGAUAGUGACAGUUCGAGCAGACCUGAGAGGGAGGAGACACGCUCGUAUGAGGAGUGCUUGGACAUCUUCGAGAACGGACCGAGACCUGUGCAGGAGAGUCUCAAACUAUUGAAUGAUGAGGAAGUUAUUCUGCUCAGUCAGGCAGGGAAGAUUCAGGCGUACGCACUCGAGAAGAUGUUGGGUGACUUAACUAGGGCAGUGAAAAUUCGGAGAGCCUUGAUCUCUCGUGCAUCGAAGACCAAGACGCUUGAGCACUCGGACGUGCCGAUGAAUGACUACGCUUACGACCGCGUUUUUGGUGCUUGCUGUGAGAAUGUCGUCGGCUACAUGCCUCUCCCGCUCGGAAUCGCCGGUCCGCUCAACGUUGAUGGCGAAGCUUUCCCGAUUCCGAUGGCCACAGCAGAAGGCACUCUCGUUGCAUCCACAUCGCGAGGUUGCAAAGCACUUAACGCAGGCGGAGGAGUCACUACUGUACUUACCCAGGAUGCCAUGACGCGCGGACCUGCAAUUGACUUCCCGAGCAUGCGUGAGGCUGCUGAGGCGAAGGCAUGGAUCGAGAGCGAGGACGGCGCGGAACGGAUACGUGGGGCUUUCGAAGCCACUUCCCGGUUCGCGAAACUCAGGGGACUGAAAUGUGCGUUGGCUGGACGGACGCUUUUCGUCCGAUUUGCGACGAGCACUGGCGAUGCAAUGGGUAUGAAUAUGAUUAGCAAGGGUACCGAGGCGGCGUUGGAAGCUCUGCGCCGAGAGUUCCCGCAAAUGCUUGUUCUCGCGCUUUCGGGUAACUACUGCACGGACAAGAAGCCGGCUGCCAUUAACUGGAUUGAAGGGCGAGGAAAGAGUGUCGUUGCAGAGGCUGUUAUCCCGGGCAAGGUUGUGCAAAGCGUACUCAAGACGACCGUCAAGGAUUUGUGCAACUUGAAUAUCAAGAAGAACUUAAUUGGCAGUGCGAUGGCAGGCAGCAUCGGUGGUUUCAAUGCACAUGCGGCAAACAUCCUCACGGCUGUCUUCCUCGCGACUGGACAGGACCCGGCACAGAAUGUAGAAAGCUCAAAUUGUAUGACUCUCAUGGAGCCGACGAACGACGACGCAGAUCUUCGCAUGUCGGUCACUAUGCCCUGUAUUGAGGUUGGAACAGUCGGCGGAGGAACUAUCCUCAAACCACAGGGGGCUGUUCUCGAGAUGCUCGGUCUUCGUGGAGCUCAUCCCACCCAACCCGGCGCAAACGCGCAACGUCUAGCUCGUCUUAUCGCUGCCGCCGUCAUGGCUGGUGAACUUUCUCUUCUCUCUGCUCUCGCUGCUGGUCAUCUUAUCAAAGCACAUAUGGCGCAUAACCGGUCAACGGUGAACACGCCUGCGACGAGUCGUCCCGUUACGCCUGGACCUGAAGCCUCCGCGGAUAAGACGGUUCCUGUGCCGGCCACACCUGCCCCGGAGGCUUUGGGUAUCUCGACACCGCUUAUGCCGUACUCUGGUGUGCAUACACCCGCGCCAACGCGUGCUGUACGAGCAGUGGCUAUCGAGAAUGGCUUGAGCCGGACAGAAAGCGAAGCUAGUCUCCCAGCCUAUUCAGCCUCAGAGCAGUCUGUAGCGGCAGCUACUGCGAACGGUGACAUGAAACCUGAACCUGCUCCAGAGCCAGAUUCGAAGGGAGGAAGAAAAGAUUAAAUGCAUUCAAGCUGACCGCCCACAUCACUCAUUUGGAUAAAGUCUGACCCGCAUUUUUAGAGUGUUACUCUCCGCAUUACACGACUUUCGCUAUUCUCUAUUCGCUAUCUUACCUCCAUAUAUCAUCAUCUAACAUUCCUUGUCUUGUCUUGUUUAUUAAAAAGAAAGCUUACCCUUACUUGUAUCAUUAUGCUUAUGCACCCCAUUCGCUUUCGUCUUCGUUCUCCAGCCAAUACUUAUUUCGUAGGUAUGCAUGUUGCCAUUGCAUAUAAAGCACGAGUUCAAUCCUUCGACUUUCCUUUUUGUAAACAGAAACUGUUGUGACACUUUAGUUUCACCGUAUAUAUGCGAUUGUUUACAAUCCACAGGAUAG